GGUGAAGACAGACUCACGUCUAUUUCCAGAUAAAAAAAAAAACUCAUCUAUUCACCCAUCUCUCUUGUUUUUCCCAACCUGCAAAUUUUCACACAGAUUUUUUUCGCACCCGAAUGGAUAGAUUCAUUUUCUGAGGCCAAGCUUUUAGCCAGAAAAGAAAUGGAAAGAAAACAAGCACGCCCAUAAAUUCUUUAUCUUUUUGCUUCCUCAGAAAAAUAUUGCAAUAUUCAAAUAUUAUUAAAAAAAAUUAAAGUUCACGCUGACAAAAACCUCUCUAUACAAAGACAGGUUGAGUGUUGGUUUCAUGAGUUAUGGCGGAUACUACUAGAAGUCCUACAUUAGCCACAACUACAAAUUACACACCUACUUUCUUCCAACCCCAAAAAUCCACCUUCGACUUCUUUCUUUUCUUCAACCUUCCACUCUAGCAUUGCUCAACCAAGAAUUCCCUUUAAUUGGAAAGAUAUAAGAUUCAAUCAAGAUUGAAUCUUUUCUUUUGCUGGUUAUUUUGGUGGGGCUGCAGACACCUUUUGCUUCUCAGCAUAGAAAAUGGCUGUAGCUAUGGCUUCUAGUUGUAGUAAUUUUGGGCUUUACAGCAAUUUGAGGGCAAUGGAGAAGCAAUCUAAUCCAAGGGUAUCUUCAUUUUUGUGCUCUUUUGGGUUGGAUCCACUUCAGUUGUCAUGCAUUAAUCCCAAGAAAAGCCUAUCGUCUUCCAUGAGUACAUUUAUACCAAAAGCGUCACCAUCUACUGCUGUGGAGGGUGGAAGUUCUCAGGAGACAGAAGAUGUAGUUCCCACCCCCAUCGUAAUAAUAGAUCAAGAUUCUGAUGAAGAUGCUACCAUUGUUGAAAUCACCUUUGGGGAUCGCCUUGGAGCUCUCCUCGAUACAAUGCAUGCUCUUAAGAGUCUUGGACUGAACGUUGUCAAGGCUAAUGUAUACCUAGAUGCUUCCGGAAAACACAACAAGUUUGCUAUUACUAAAGCCUCAACUGGAAGAAAGGUUGAUGAUCCGGAGCUGCUUGAGGCAAUCCGUUUGACAAUUAUCAACAAUCUGCUUGAGUAUCACCCGGAGUCAAGCGUUCAGUUGGCGAUGGGAGCUGCAUUUGGUGUGACACCACCGAAAACGAUCGAUCUGGAUAUUGCAACGCAUAUCCACGUCUAUGAUGAUGGUCCCGAGCAAAGCUUGCUAUGUGUAGAAACAGCUGAUCGUCCAGGAUUGCUGGUGGAUCUUGUGAAGAUCAUCACUGAUAUAAAUAUCACUGUUAAAUCUGGGGAGUUCGAUACUGAGGUAACAAGAGGGUUUCAUACAAACUAUUUCACAUCGGUUAUUCUAAACUUUACAGCACCGUGGCUUGCAUUAAAUGUGAUUUCCCUUGUAGGGCUUGCUGGCCAAGGCAAAAUUUCAUGUAAGCUACAACGGUAAAGCCCUCAUUAAGCCUCUUCAGCAGGUAUGUCUAUUGAUGAGCAAAGAUUUUUUAGUUUUGAGUCGAUUGUGAUAUGAUGCAUCGUUGUGAUCCCAAAAAUCGCGGCAGGUUCUUGCAAACAGUCUGCGAUAUUUCUUGAGGAGUCCGAGCACGGAGGAAGCAAGUUUUUGAUACAUUGAAGAAGAUGCCUUCCAUUAGAAAUCACUAGUUUGGCAAAGCAUCUGUUUUAGCAUAAUCCUUUUACACCAAUAAUUGUGCGUUGUAUAUUAGUAUAUUAUUGUAAACACAAUUGGUGGUUGUAACUCUUCCGCAGAUUUGAGUUUCCAGAAAAAUUAUUUUAGUAGCAAAUGGUGACAUAUUUUAUGACUGAA